GACAGCCGUCUGCUCUAAGGUGGCUUCUGCUGGUGGUGGGUGGCGGUGUCAAUUCACUCGGCGGUUGUUUUGAAAUGAUUUGUCGGCGGAGGUAGACGUAAAAUGAGUAAUCCAUGGGAUAUCAAUUCAGGGUCUCCAAAUCUUGGAGCAAUUUUACGACUUGCCGAGCGAACUGGACAUUUACCCCACCAAGGAACAUUCAGAAUUAAUGAUGCAAGUUAUAUUUCUAUGGAAAUGGAGCGACAAAUACACCUUCCGGAAAAUUCACACUCAUUACAGUUAAUUCAGCAACUAAGAGAAUUGACUAGGCAAGGAAAAGAAUUUGACAAAGUUUCAUUAGACAUUCAGUGCAGACUGCAGGAUAAAGAGACAAGCGAUAUAACCCAUGCAGACUUACUUGAAUCUAAAAUUUCGCAGCUGAAAGAGAUGGCUUCGCAUCUGCAGUCGGUAGUAAAAGCUAAGCACCAGCUAAUAACCUGCCUUCAGCAACCGUUCGUUGGCGACUACAUCAAGAUUGAAGCAGUAUACCAUAGGCACGUCAAAGAAAUGUUUCCGUUGAUAGCAUCAUGUUUGGCUGACCUUGCAACAAAUUUAAACAAUAUUGAAUGGAGUAAGGAAUUCAGUGCUAAAGAUUCCCAAUUAGAUGGAACUUUGAGUUGUAUAUCCAGCAGCCUCGCCCAGUUACAGACUAACUUUCAGUCUCUUUGUCAAAUAAGAGAAUGCUUAGAGUGAGCUUAACCAAUUACAUACUGCAGUCAAUCCGAAUGUCAAAUCACCAAACCUCGAAAAAAACCUCGAAUUGAAGCCCAGUGAGCUUAAUCUCCAGAAGAAACCCAUCUCGAAUAGACACCCCCCCCCCCCCACCUUAGCUUGCAAAAGUAGCCUCGAAACAGGGUCCCAUACUAAGAUUUUCUCUUAGUGGUAUGCAAGGCAGGCUUGUGUCAUAUUGUACUAGUCUAAACAAUUUUAGCUUGCCCUAACAUUUUUUUUUGUGCAAAUUGUGAAGUUGAAACAUUUACAGUGAGGAAGUUUUGUAUUUGAAACAAAAGUAACAAGAUUGGACAACACAUUAUAA